AAAGCGAGCUCGUGCGUGCGUGGUGACGUGUAAACGUAGCGCUGGGCGGGGUUUACGUGACGUUUUUCCGUGUUGACUGAUUCGGGCCGCCGUACCGGAGAGUAAGCGCUAAACAUGGCGUCCACGGCAGCGGGCAAGCAGCGGAUCCCCAAAGUGGCCAAGGUAGAGUGAGAGGCACCCGGCCAGGCGGGGGGUGUAACACAGGCCCUCCCAGUGCCAUGUAUGGGGUAACACGGACUGAUCCCAGAGAGAGACCGAGACCCUGUCUGACAUGUGGCUCUCACUGGGUACACUAUGCCUCGAGUGGGGAACUACAUCUCCCAGAAUCCUCUUACAGCAAUAUCGCUGGCAAAGCAUCAUGGGGCAUGUAGUCCACAACAUCUGGAGUGCUGGUGGUUGCCCACCCCUGGUUUAUAGGCUAUGGUAUGGCUGCCAAAUGUUGGCUCUCAGUCAGUCAGUGAUGGAGAGCAGCUGUCACCCAGCCCUGUAUACAAUGUAUACAAUGCUCUGUUGGCUCUGAGCCAGCGCUGCUGAGAGCUCACUCAUAUUUCUGUUGUCUUUUUAAGCGGACCUAUCGCUGUCUGGGGGCUUUGCGUGACCCUGAUAAAGCCACUGGGGGUCUGGCGGUUGGAGGGGACAGGGAAAGGUGAGUUUUGUUUUUUUUUACUUUCUUGGACCUGGCCCUCGUCUUCCUGUCACUCUCCAGUUACCAGACACGGACCUCACGAGAGUAAAGUAGUGAAGUCUAUCGGGGUUUGCCCUAGACAACGGGAUCCGCCCUAGAAAGAGCUUAUUUAACUGCAGCCCUCACUAGUGAUGGUUGGAGUAAAUUAUACUGCUUGAUGGUGGUAGCUUCACCUAGAGUCAGGUGUAGGAAAAAUACUGAGACAAAGUUGUCCCUAAAUUAAGUGGUAUCUGGAGUCCCCUGGCAUCCUCUUUCCUACCAUUGUUAAAGGGACACUAUAGUCACCAGAACUACAGCUUGUUGUAUUUGUUCUGGUGAGUAUAAUCAGGCCCUGCAGGCAUUUUGUAGUAAACACUAUCUUUCAGAGAAAAGGAAAUGUGUACCUUACAGUCUAUGGAUACCUCCACUGGCACAGCUCAAGGCUUCCUGGGGCAGUGCUGCACGGUAUUCAGCACUGACGUACACCGAACAUUCCUCGUAGAUGCAUUGAUUUAUUGUUUCUCUAUGGUGAGGUGAUGAUAGGCCAGGGCUGUGUUUGGCUUGUGUGUAAUCGUUUCAGCCAAUCAAAUGCUUUCCUUUGGGAAAACUAAGUUCUUAAACCUCACAUAUGCACUAUAUAUAAUUUUUUUAUUUUUUAAAAAAUCCUUUAUUUUAUUUGUGCAUAGAGUGAACAAUCAAAUUUGCACUGCCACGACAGCUGGUGCAAACAAUAUGCAUAUGUACAAUAACAUGUAUGGCAGCGAAAAACAUUGCACAUGUUUAUAUAUAAACAAACAGGACAAGGGUAUCAACAUGAGUUAUAGUGUGCUUCCAGGAAAAACUGCUACAUGUCUAAAAUAAGUAAACAUCUCAAGAACUAGACUAAAUUGUAGCUUUAGAACAGAAAGAGAUUACUUGAACUCUGCUUAUCAUUGUACCAAUGUGAUGAGCAGAGUUCAAGUAAUGUUACAUGCUAAGUGUUAAACCAGCUUGUACUAGUAGUCAUGCUUAUAGACUGAGUAAGUAGGUGAAUCUCUGCUUUCCCUCCUUGUGUAGGAGGUAGUUGGGCAAUAGAGCGCUGUUCCAGUCCCUCCCAGAAUUGGGUGAGUAUUGUGUCCAGCUGCGUGAGUAGUGGCUGUUGAGGUAUAGGCCCUGGUGAGUGAUUUGUGUCCGUUAUUUUGUGGGGCCUGGUGUAGUCGGAGCCCACAAUGCGGUAGGCAGUAGGAGCCAGUGAUAGCAUACACGCCGGGUCGGUGGGGACCAGGAUAACCCCUGCUGGUCCAUAGAGGGGGGGGGGGGGAUCAGCCAUGAGUUGUGGUGGCAGGGGAGCGGCAGUCUCCCCCGGCUGGCUGGGCUGCAAGAUUUGUUUGCUUGGAGCCGGCUCGGAAGUCCACAUGUGUGGUAUCUGCUUGGAGUGCAGAGAGUCCCCUUUGUUGAUUAGGUCAGAUUUUGCUGGUUCUGCGCCUUGUAAUUUUAGUGCAUUUAGCGUGAAUAUGCAGGAGCUGCUGCAUCGUGCGUCUGCUCCUGUCCGCGGUCAGGCCCCGCCCCUAUAUAAUUUUUCUAGCGCUCCACUUAAAGGUGUUUGGUUCUCACUUACACCGGUUUACAUACUUUAGACUUUUAUGUGGAUAAGAAGAUAUUUCCACAUUAGUGUUUAGAGCUGAUUCUAUUUAUACACCUUUAGCACUUUUAUUGGUAUACACACUCCUCCGAAUAAGAGGUGUAUUUUGGCAAGAAUUACCCCCAGCCAAUGCUCUGUACUGCUUGGGCUUUUUAGGAAGCAUUAGUCUGAGCAGUGAUGAUUGGUUGAGUGUCAGCUAACUGCUUUUGACCUACCACAGCGACUAUUGCUGGUAUGAAUUGGAAUGACUAAGAAAGCGUUGGCUCUGCCUUAACCAUAUCUCAAGUGGGGGCCAGGCUGUGGACAGCUAGGAAACCUUUUUCAAAAGAUGUGUUGCUGAAAGGAGGGACAGCACUAGGGGACUUCAGGCACAGUAGCUAAUUCAGCAAGAUUAAAUGGAUAUACCAGUUUAUUCACCACAGUGAGAAUUUGAGGUGAAUUCAAAGUGAAGUACAAAUUUAAGGUCAAAAUAGCCUCUUGCAUGCAUUCUCUAUAAACCUGCUUUCAAAAUCUUGUGGAAAGUCACACAGACAUUCUGUAGAGAAACUCGCUGGGUCUCAUUACUUGAAAGAGAAAAGGUAAUGCAGUACUUGCACAAGUUAAUGCAUUCUGAAAGUGGCUUCCAGUUUCUUUGAACAAUGGAUCUGAUUCCAGACAUAAAUUCCCAAUUGAAUGCUCCAUUGCAUAUUUGCCUGGAACAUACCUUUUACAGGAAAAGAUCACUUGUUGCACAGUAGGUGUUGGCAGGUAAAACACCUAAACUAGAGCAAUGGUGACAGUGUAAUAAUGUUAUCUAAAAUGGGGGGGAAGCUAAUCAUAAACCAAGUAGCAUUAUGUCAAAAUCCCAUUACAGUGUAUGUAGGGGGAAAAUCUGUAAGAGCUACCAGUCCGUCGGUUAAAAGGACAGUUAUGUUUCUAAGUUCACUAGUACACCAUGCUGCUCACAUUGCUUCCUGUACUGACAUAUCUUGUCCUAUACAUCUAUUGGGAUUUUUGCCUCCUAUUGCAAUUAAAUUGGCAUAUACACAUAGAACAUCAAUUGGGCUAUAACAAUCAGAGCUAGAAUUGUAUGUUACACUGCAUUAAUUCUCUGCGUAAAUCUCAUUUUGAACACGUUAAAUUUACCUUGUGAUAGAUGUGUAUAAUUGUGGUGUUUUUAAUUUUAUUAAAUUUUUUAUCCCGAAGGUGAAAAAUAAAGCCCCUGCAGAGGUUCAGAUAACAGCUGAGCAGCUGUUGAGAGAAGCCAAGGAGCGAGAACUUGAGCUUCUACCACCUCCUCCUAAACAGAAGAUCACAGAUGAGGAAGAGCUUAAUGAUUACAAAUUGAGGAAAAGAAAGGUAUGUUUCAUUGUUGCAACAGCCAUGAUUAUUGCAAAUGAAUUGCCAGUUCAUGAACAUCUAACUCUGCCUGUAAGACUGUUGCACUAGCAGAAUAAUUGGCUAAUUUAUACAAUGAUGUAUUUUUUUUCCUGGCAUACGCAGUGUAUACGGUCACCCCAUGUCUAGCCUAUUGGUGCAAUUGGCAUUGAGGAAUCACAUGGGUGCAAGAUCACACACUGCAAUCAUUUGAACCAACGGAAUACGAUGCAUGAACACAUUUGCAAUGCAGAACUUGCCUUGUGACAGAAACUGCACUCUCUAGCAUAAAAUAUCAACGCAUAUGUUAGAAAUUUGGUUAGCACUAUGUACUUAUUACUGAGUGCAGCCUCGUCAUAAUUUUCAAAAUGAUGUUAAAUGUACUUUAAAUAUUUUUCAUCUUUUUAUACUUAACCAAAAAUGUUGUGUAGUUUUAACUGAACGAAUGUGGUUCUACAAUAUAUUGGAGUAAUAAUGAAUUUCCUUUUACUGACUUAAGUGAUUCAAUAUUUUUAAGCAAUUCGCUAAAAUAACAUUCCUGGCAAUCUUCGAACAAAUCAGUUCUGAGAAUCAGAAUCUUCUUAAUUAACAUCCUUUGCAGAAUUAAUUGGCUUCAUUGUCAGGAAUUUUAUUCCAACAAAUCCCUGAAAACAACUUUUUGCAUAUGUCUAUUUAGUAUUUAAACAUUUUUAAGUGAGUAUUUGUCUUUUUCACUUUAUUUACUUAUUUUAUUUUUUUCAGACUUUUGAGGACAAUAUAAGAAAAAACAGAACUGUUAUUAGCAACUGGAUAAAGUAUGCACAAUGGGAAGAAAGUCUAAAGGAAGUUCAAAGGUAUGUUUUUAAUUUUUUCUUUAUUCCCCAUAAAUAAUCACACUUCUAAGUGGGUCAGAAGAAGGAAAUGCAUCCAUUAUAUGUACUUUUUAAUGAGGGAAAAAUUAAUUGUAUAUAUUUGUAAACUGGUUACAUACAUAAAUAAAAAUUAUUUAUUUUUAAACCUUACUGUUUUUGGGGGGGGGGUUUUCCUCAGGGCCCGAUCUAUUUACGAGCGUGCUCUAGAUGUGGACUACAGAAAUGUCACACUAUGGCUAAAGUACGCAGAGAUGGAGAUGAAGAAUCGCCAGGUUAACCAUGCACGUAACAUUUGGGAUCGUGCGAUCACCACCCUACCCAGGGUCAAUCAAUUCUGGUACGUGUAUUGCUCUAUGAAAUACACGUUCUAAUAAAUGUGGACACAUCUAUUUGUUUAGUUUCUGUUAUAGGCCACGCUAAGCUUUACAACAUACCUUUCAUUCUACAACUGUUAAUAAUGUCCAAAGUUCAAUUGAUAACUUCUGCUAAAAUGUUACAUCUUCAUUCUUAGGUGCAAUGUUGAAAUUGUCUUGUUGCAUAUUCCCUAAAUGUAAUGUGAGGAUAAGCAUUAGACUGGUGCUAAAAAAUCUUUCUUCCAAUUACCAUUCCUGUUAAUCAGUACUGAAUUGAGUCUUCGAUAUGAUCCACAUGAAUUUUAUUCGGGCGAACUAGCUCAAACUAAUUUUUGCACGAGUCUUUUAAUCCUGUUCUAGUCAAUGAGUGUCUGCAAUGUGUGCUUCCCGGUUGAUUUUAAACUGCUGAAAAACAUUAGAAGUAAGCAAUAUUAAUAUUUCUUCUGUAUCCCAGUUGAUUCUUUUUGUGAUGCGUCUAUCUAUCUUACAGCUGAUUAUUAUAAAUAUAUAUCUAUCAAAAACUAACAGCCACUCUCCAACUCUAUAUAUUUUCUUUUAAUGCCUUUUAUUGUUAAAAUACACAAACUCCCUCCAAUGUUUGAAGGGCUUGCACCUAGGAUUCUGCAUGCUUUUGUCUUAAAAGGUACAAAUACACCUACAUGGAGGAGUUGCUGGGGAACUUGGCAGGCACAAGGCAGGUGUUCGAACGCUGGAUGGAAUGGCAGCCGGAAGAGCAAGCCUGGCAUUCGUUCAUCAACUUCGAACUUCGUUACAAAGAGGUGGACAGAGCACGGUCUAUUUACGAAAGAUAUAUCCUUUGAAAAGUUCGAUCAUUUGUUUCAUGUGAUAAACAUAGUUAUUCAAUAACUCAUCAGUUUCAUAGCUCAAACUUUAUAAAUUAUUGGAGCAUCGGGAUGAUAUAGGACAAACAUUGCCUUCUGUUGAAGGCUAAAUGCUUCUCACAAUUCACUUUAUUGCUGUAAUUAUACUAAAUAAAUGUUAGAUUUAAUAAUAAACACCUAGCAUCAAUUUUCUUCGUUCUCCACAGAUUGAGUGCAUACGCUAGUCCGAGAGUAAUACCACAGGGUGCUCCAGAAAAGGAAGCAUUGCCACCAAAGUCCACUAGCUUCUCAAAAACCCAGGCACACCUGAGUAGUUUCCUCAAUUAGGCAGCCUUUUAUACAGAAAUAGUGUACAGUAGUAGCGAUGUUUCGGAUUCAUGAUUGUUCAGGAACAGUGUAGAGCAGUAACAGACUGCCUAUUUGAAGAAACUAACUGGUGUGCCUGUGUUUUUCCUCCUAUUCUGUGAGAUCUGAAAUUAAUAUUAAAAUAUAUCUUGUAAGUAAAGUGUAACACAAGCCCCAGAUGUUUGUUUAUAGCUACCAAAAUUCUAAUCUUCUGCAUUUCUAUUGCAUUCAAGGAAUUUUAAGAAUUUUAGUCAAUCAACAUCUGGGGGAGGCAGACUUUGAGAACUGAAAUGUAAGCAGUGCUUUGUGGUCACACCAAGGGUCUCUGGGUGCUGAACUUCAGUUGUUAACAUUCUAUAGUAGAAAGCAAACAGAUCACAGAAACACAAUGGCAUCAUGUUUAGUAGUAUAUUUUUGGAGCAAAAGGUCAGUUGAGGAUUCCUGGAAUUACGUUUGCAUUUGUUAUAGCCUUCAAGUAUAUUUAGGGGUGAAAUGAAAUACUUGUGCAUAUUAAUAGAAGCUGCUCAGCUAAAAUCUGUUUUGGUUUUUUUACAUCAACAAAUUUUUCAUUCCACUUGUAAAGUUUUACAAAGUAUAUAUAACCAGUGUUGUCUGAAAGUAAUCUGAGUAGUUCUGUGGGCAUUGGCGAUACAAUGUUUUCUCCUUAACAUCACUGCACUUGUUUUUGUCCAUCCUGAUGUUAAGAACUGGAUUAAGUAUGCUCGCUUUGAAGAGAAGCAUGGUUACAUUGCCCACGCACGCAAAGUCUACGAGAGAGCUGUAGAGUUCUAUGGAGAAGAUCACAUGGAUGAAAAUCUUUAUGUUGCAUUUGCCAAAUUUGAAGAGAAUCAAAAAGAAGUAAGAUUGAAUUAUAUUUCCUUUUUCAUGUUUAUUUUAAAUUUCUUUAUGGGUUUGCUGCACACACAUUCUUACUAGUCUUUUAGUUGUUAUACCACAUGCAUCCACAAGAUGGAAGUAUUGUGCAAAAUGAUUGCUAUUUUUAUUAAAUUCUCUUAGAUCUUGUUACAACUGUCUGUUUUGGUGUAUAUAAAAUCUUGGUUUGCAAUAGCUGCACACCUAGAAUCAGUAGGUACUGUAAUCCCUUCCCUUCUUUGACACAGAAGUUUUUUUGACUGUCAAUCACAGACUUAUCUAUGAGCUGUAUUCCUGUCUUUGCAAGGCAAGUAGGCUGGGUAGUUGCCUGCCUCUUAAAAUUAACCACAAAAAUAGCAAUUUAAGGUCAGGCAAUCGCCCAAAGUUCCUGCCUUGCAAAGACUGUAAUACAGCUCAGAGUAUUCAUUGAAAAAUCUGUACUAGGAAAGAAGGGGAGAUUUUGCAGUACAUGCUGAUACUAGCUGUGCAGCUAUUACAAAGCAAGAUUUCAUAAACCGCUAAAGAAAAUAUGCAAAAAAAAAAUUAUAUGCACAUUUUAUGAGCAUGUCUACUAAAUUGGGGGGUGGGGGGUUAUGGAAUGAUUUUUAACUUCAGAACUGUCAAAAUUGCAGUAAUUCAAUGAGGUUUUACCGUGGAGCAAGGAGUUAAUUGGUAUUUCUAAACAUAAUUUAUAUUCUAAAUACUGUCGUACUUUGUUCUAGAAUUUUUGACGAUCCCUUUGUUUAGCUAGGACUGUCAUUUGUUCCACAUGAUGGAAAUUUGCCAUCAUGAUUGCGUUUUAUUUCUAAAGCUGUCAUUAAGGAGGAUUACCAACUACUAGGGAUCGACCGAUAUUGAUUUUUUAGAGCCGAUACCGAUACCGAUAAUCUGCGAACUUUCAGGCCGAUAGCCGAUAUCUUGCCGAUAUUCUGUACAUGUACUAUUUUGAAUAAAUAAACUAAUUCGAAAGGUAAAUGCACAAAAUAUACAUGCCACAUGUAGUGGAUGAAGUGUGUUUAGACAGGGGAACUGUGUGUGUUUGUGUAGUGUGUGUGUGUGUGUAGUGGAUGCAGAGUGUGUGUAUAUAAUGCAGUGUUUAUGUAGUGUGUGUGUAUAAUUCAGUGUGUUUUUGUGUGUGUAUGUAAUGCAGUGUGUGUGUGUUUGUGUAGUGUGUAGUGUGUGUUUGUGUAGUGUGUUUGUGUAGUGUGUAUGUAAUGCAGUGUUUGUGUAGUGUGUAUGUAAUGCAGUGUGUGUGUCUGUGUAGUGUGUAUGUAAUGCAGUGUGUGUACUGUUUGUGUAGUGUGUGUAUGUAAUGCAGUGUGUGUGCAGUGCAGUGUGUCUGUAAUGCAGUAUGUGUGCAGUGUGUGUUUGUGUAGUGUGUGUAUGUAAUGCAGUGUGUGUGUGCCUGUGUAGUGUGUGUGUAUGUAAUGCAGUGUGUGUGUGCCUGUGUAGUGUGUGUGUAUGUAAUGCAGUGUGUGUGUAGUGUGUGUUUGUGGUGUGUGUAGUGUCUGUCUGUGCAGUGUCUGUCUGUGUAGUGUGUGUAUGUAAUGCAGUGUGUGUGUAUGUAAUGCAGUAUGUGUUUGUGUAGUGUGUGUGGUGAUUUGUGUAAUUUUUUAUUUUAAUAUUUUUUUUAAUAUUUAAAUGUUUUUUUUGUUUAGUCCCCCCCAGUGUGUGUUUUUGUAGUGUGUGUUUGUGUAGUGUGUAUGUAAUGCAGUAUGUGUUUGUGUGUGUGUGUGUGUGUGUGUUUGUGUAGUGAUGUAAUUUGUGUAAUUUAUUUUAAUAUUUUUUUUAAUAUUUAAAAAUGUUUUUAUUUUUUGUUUAGUCCCCCCUCCCUGCUUCUUACCAGGGAGGGGGAUAUAGUAUCCCCUGGUGGUCCAGUGGCUUGUUAAGUACAGUGGUGGCUCAGCAGCAGCAAGCGCUGACUUACCUUGCAAGCAGCUCCUACAGCUCCCUGUGUAAAUCUCGCGGCUCUUAGUGCCGCGCGGAGCGUUGCCAUGGUAACCCGUGGCAACGCUCUGCGGCCGCGGGUCUCGCGAGAUUUACACAGAGAGCUGUAGGAGCUGCAUGCAAGGUAAGUCAGCGCUUGCUGCUGGCCCCCACAGGACCGCCGGGCUUGUAAUGGGCCCGGCGGUCCUGCUAUAUAUUAUCGGCAAUAUCGGUAUCUGAAUUGGCCGAUACCGAUAUUGCCGAAAAUACCAAAUAUCGGCCGAUAAUAUCGGCCAGACCGAUAAUCGGUCGAUCCCUACCAACUACUGUAUUUGAAUGUAUGUUGCAUACAUUCUUCUCUGUAUGCCCUUUGGUCAAUGCUUCUAAAUAAACACUUGUUCAGCUGUUUUGAGUAUAAACUUUUUUUUUUUCCAGUCUGAACGAGUACGUGUCAUCUACAAGUACGCAUUGGACAGGAUAUCGAAGCAGCAAGCCCAGGAAUUAUUUAAAAACUACACCAUUUUUGAGAAAAAGUAUGGUGACCGGAGAGGCAUUGAAGAUAUUAUUGUAAACAAGAGGAGAUUCCAGUAUGAAGAAGAAGUGAAGGUAACUGUGUUUUUUAAAUGUCCUUCAACUAAAAGCUUUCACUGCAAUUACAAAGUGAAUAAUCAUGUUAAAAAAUAUAUAUUUUUUAUUUAUUUUUAUGGGGGGACAGGUUAUUUAGCAUCAUAUUGUUGCCUAAAAAUGUAUUUAACCUGUUGUGAAACACACACAUCAUUAGGUUCAUAUUGGCUCCAGUACAGAUUAAGGUCUCAAACUAUUAUUAAUUUGUAGUAAUUUUCUAGCUGGUGUAUCCAUCAUUGUAUUUCAGGCCAAUCCCCAUAACUACGAUGCCUGGUUUGAUUACUUGCGGUUGGUGGAAAGUGAUGCAGAUCCAGAUACAGUCAGGGAAGUCUAUGAACGUGCGAUUGCUAAUGUCCCUCCUACAAAAGAGAAGAGACACUGGAAAAGAUAUAUUUAUCUGUGGAUCAACUACGGCUUGUAUGAAGAGCUAGAGACAAAGGUACAAAAGCUUUACCAAGCUAAUUGUUUGCUACAAUUAACAUAUCUUGCAUAUGCUUAUUUAUUUAUUUUUGAGCACUAAAUACCUUUGCAGCCUCUUAAAUGCAGAUUGGUGUGUUGACCGUGAAAGUCCGUUUUUUUAGUUGCAUGUCAUUUUAUAUGUAAUUUUUUUUUUUUUUCCCUUCUCACUUCUAAAGCAUGCUUAUUCCGUUACUUAAAUCUAGACUGAUAAAGUCUUGGGAAAUCCUAUUUUGAGAACCUUUCUUGUUUGAUCUUACCUUUAAGCUGUUAACUCUGAAUGCCCACAUUUUCAACCGUGUGUUUUUUUUUGUUUUGUUUUGUUUUUUUCUUCUAUCUGUAAGAAAUAUAAUGCUUACUAAAAACCUUUUUUGCAGGAUCCAGAGAGAACCAGACAAGUGUACCAAGCCUGCCUAGAUUUAAUACCUCAUAAAAAGGUAAGAUUUUUAGAAAAUCCUUGGGAUAAUUACUAAGGAGUACCUCUGUCUAUUUAACUUCAUGUGGCAUUAAAAAGAAAACUCAAAUUGGAGAAUAAUCUGACUACUGGUAAUCUCCUUGAAUUGAUUCAAUUGUAUUAGUUGACACAUUUUUGUUAAUGCAAAAUAGUUGGUUUAUCAUUCCUGUAUGUUAAAAUGACCAUUCUGCUCUUGUCACGUCUGUUUCAUUUUGUUUUUUUAUCUUUAUAUUUUUUUUUUUUUAGUUUACAUUUGCGAAAAUCUGGCUGAUGUAUUCGCAGUUUGAAAUCCGGCAAAAAAAUCUCCAUUUGGCCCGAAGAGCUCUGGUAUGUACCAAUCCCAUAAAGAAAGGAGACAUGUUUUAGCUUGUAAGAACUGCAAAGCUUUUAUAUAGAUUAAUAUAUACCUUGUGGUAUUAGUUUUAUGUACAUUAACCGGCAUUUACUUUUUAAUUAAAAAAUUAGGGUGUGUUUAAAAAGGUAGUACGUCUCAAACACGCUGCAGGAAACCAUUAUAUCUUGGGAUUCUGCUAAUUUGUUUUCCUCUCAUUUUUUAGGAGGGUGCGUUGUAUGCCAUUUGCCGUGAAAAUGUUCAGACCAGCUGAUGUCAAAUUUGCUGGUCAAGUUUUAAAUGGUCACACAAAGCUGUUUGAAUAAAUUUAUAUGUAAAAAAAAAACUCUGCUUUGAAGGUCCCUCGUUUGGUGCAAAUUCCCAGGAACUGCAACUUCUGCAAAAAUGGUGGCAGUGAUCACUGAGCCAAUUCUGGUUCUCCUGUAGCUUUUAAUGUAAAUCAGUAUCCACAAACACCGGAUGUGCAACAAGGGAGUAUGUUUCAGCUGCCACCAUUCUGUUAAACUGUACAAUGCUCAGUAGACCAGGCCUCAGUUCAUUUUAUUUAUGAAAAUCCUGAAUAAUGCUAUUUAUCAACCUUAACACUGGGUACAAUAACAACUUCAUCCUAAUUAAGUUGUCUAUACAAGGUAUAUAUUAAUCUACAUAAAAGCCUCUUGUUGGUGCCUGGAGAUUCUGUAUUUCCUUAAAGGGACCCUAAAUGCACAAAGACCUCUUGAAAUGGUCUAGGUGUAGUGUUCCUAUCUGUUUACUUCUGCAAUGUUUAACAUUGCCAUUCUUUCGCCAUUGUUUAACACGCAUCUUGUAGGUAUAUUGCUGACAGGCACAAGAGGAGCUUCUGCUAUAAAAGAGUUAAACUUCAUUAUAGAUCAAUUGCAUUGGCUGAGAUCGUCCACAUUGAUGAUCCCAAAAAAGAGGCAGCUAGGAGAGCAGUGCGUCACAGGCUGAAAAUGUAAAGAAAUGCUCACAUUUUAAACCCUACACAGGGGGGCUGGCACCUAGAUAACUAGCAGGACACUAUAACAUCAGGAAUACAUGUCUGGACCACUUUAGGUUUGAACUCCAAAGUGGUCUAGAUGAUGCCUGUGUCUCUCCCUCUAAGGCUGUGACAGCAUUAGCUGAUGCGCUUAGCCUGUCACUGGCUGCACAUUGUCUGGUUUUACCUGAAGUUAAAUAUUCCCUAAAAAUGUAAUUAUUCUAGUCUCCCAUAGUAUCAUAAAGUAUCCUCAUGUUGUUUUUGUUUUUUUCUUCAACAUAGGGCACAUCUAUUGGUAAAUGCCCAAAGAUCAAGCUGUUUAAGGGUUACAUAGAAUUGGAGCUGCAACUGCGAGAAUUUGAUCGUUGCCGAAAACUUUAUGAAAAAUUCCUGGAAUUUGCACCAGAGAACUGCACAACGUGGAUUAAGUUUGCGGAGUUGGAGACUAUAUUGGGGGAUGUUGAGCGGGCUCGUGCAGUGUACGAAUUGGCUAUUGGACAGCCACGACUAGACAUGCCGGAAGUAAGUAUUGCACUGGGAAAAGCAAGAUACUUGAGCUGUUUGUUUCAAUAUUCUCUUGCACCUUGUUUUGGUUUUUUCCUCCUCCCUAAAAUGAAAGGGUAAUCCAGCGAGAGCUGGCCUGCAUUUUGGAUCUGUACUGAUCUUUUGGGUGGGAUCAGUCUAAUAUUCAAAUAUUGUUGGUUUUUCUUUGUAAUCCUACAAGAUAAGCUAAAACUUGCUUGAGAUGUCAGCUGGGACCUACUGAAAUACUGUUAUUCAUACUCAUUACGCAUUAUAUGUUUGCGUUAGAUCCAUGUCAACUCUUACCAAUCUCAAAAUGUUUAUUUUCAAUUUUAAAAUCGUACAAAGGUGAUAAAGUAUAAAUUCAUUAUGUGUGAUUGUUUCACUCGCUACAGAUAGCUCAUAGAUGGUUUAGAUAUUCUUUUUGGGGUUUUUAAAGCAAUGCUCGAGGAACAUGUAAGAAUACACAACUGCAAUACUGAAACCACAAACCAAUGAAUGUGCCAAUUCACAAACCGUAAAAACUAAUAUACAACUAAAGUAAUUUAAAUGUGCUCACUGACAUUUUUCUAUGCAAGACUAUAUUUUGUCUAUAGAUAACAUAACUGCAUCCAAGAUAAAUGAGUCUGUCAUGGAAACUGACCCUUUAAAACUAACUUAAGACUAUGAAAUGUUUUGUCAAUGAAGUUAGAUUCAAGCCCUUACGAAAACCCUAGGCUGUGUUUGAAAAGGAAUCUAUCAGGCACUUGCCUUCAGCUUAUUGAAGUGGACUGGGUGCAGUGUCCCUGUCCCCCCUUAGUCCUGCAAUGUAAAACAUUGCAUUCUUAUAAAAAACUGCAACAUUUAUAUUGCAGUACCAAGGCUGCCUCUAGUGGCUGUCUACCAGACAGCCACUAGAGGCGCUUCAGGGUUUUUACUUGACUUGAGGUUGCUGGACAUCUUUGUGCUCUGCAUGAGGACAUUGAGUCUGUAAAAUCCCCAUUGAAAAGCAUUAAUUUAGUGCUUUCUUUUGGUGAGGGCCUAGUGUGUUCUCAGUGCUCACUAUACAUGCGCAAUAAGUCCCCCGUCGGAGGAUUCAGGGUGCCAACCAAGUGCUGAAAUCGGGUAAGUAAAUGGGGGUGGCGUGAUGGAGGCAGGGACCAGAGAGCACAUUAGUGUUAGGCAUACAACUUUGUACUCCAACACUUUAGAAUCCCUUUAAAUCCAGCACUGCAUUGUCUUUACAGAGGUUGGUGUUGCACUUCUGUAACACUGACCCCUGGUCUGCCCUUGCUUUUCCCGUAGUCUUCAUCUAUCCUGCUUGGUGAUGCCAUAUCAAUGCGCAUGCACUGUGGAUGGUAUGCUUGGGAGAUCAGAAAAACUGCCUGUGGUAGGUCUCUCCUGUUCUCCCUGCAAGUAAAAUCUUCAGCAUAGUUAUGACAUGUGACCUUGAAGGGCUGUAGGCUUGUUUGCAUUAAUGGUUUCCAAUUUCUCCUGAUUCCUAUAUUUAGGUUCUUUGGAAAUCCUAUAUUGACUUUGAAAUUGAACAAGAAGAAUAUGAUAAAACUAGAACUCUUUACAGGAGGCUUCUACAGAGAACACAGCAUGUUAAGGUACUUGUUUAUUACAGUUGGCUAUCAUGUUUUAUUUGUACAGGUUAUUUUAAGAGUCACAAACACUGAAAUUCUGGCCAUUUAUUUACUAUGACGAAAUAGCGGUCGCUGGAUGUCCUCUUCUGUUACUGGACCAAAAGUUUAACAUCCAGGAAGCUCCUCCAGUGGCUGUUUUGGUAGGCAGCCUUGGUGCUGUAAUGUUUUAUUUUGCAGCACAAAGCACAAUUAGGGACACUGCACCCAAACCACUUCAAUGAGCUCAAGUGGUCUGGGUGCCUAUAGUGUCCCUUUAAAAAAAAACUACAUUUUAGCUUCUUUAAGAUCUUGCGUACAGUAUGAAUAUUGGACCUACUGAAAAUCUUACUUGGCUAUACCGAGAAUUUGUCUCAGAGGAAGGCUUCACAGCUGCUACGUUGGGGGUCUCUUUUUAUGUGCAAAACUGUGGUGUGCCUUGGGAUAAUUUCUUAAUUUUCUCAAUCUAAACAUUUUCGCACUGUCUGAGAGUAAUUUUUAAGUUUCCAUAUUCUUUUUGUAUUUGCUCCUGGUAAUUUAGAUUGGUUUAGUGGUGCUUGUAGAAUAAUUUUUUUCAAAUAGUGUCAUAGAUCCUUAAGUUUUGAGGUCAGAAUUUAGAUUGGGCAGCUGUAGUGAUAUCAAUGUUUUUGUUCUAAAUUUCCUUUCCUAAUUUUUUUUCUUGUAUUUUGGUCCAUACAUUUACCUGUAAUUUGUGCUAGAUGCCCCAACCCUGCUGAAACAUAUUCAUACAGCAUGAGUCUUCCACCAUUAUUAUUCUUCUGUAGGAAGAGCAAUUGUUGAAGUAUAGUGUGUGGGGUUUUUUUUUUUUUUUUUUUGUGCCACCAAUUGCGCUGGAGUGCAUUAUGGCGAAAAAUCUCUUGGCCUAGCAUACCCAAGUCCCUUUCUCCCGUUUACCAUGUUGGCUAAAUCAGUCUUUUGCUAAAUCUUUAUUUUUGAUGUUGAAUAAUUCAUAACAGUGAAAAAUACUUAAGUAAAUGAAAAGAAUAUUGUAUGUAAAUGUUUUGCUCCUUUGUAAAUAUUUGAUUCAGCUGAAGUAUGACACUGUGCAAAAGUACAGUAUAUCCACUGGCUUUCUGUAAAUUGGGACAACUGGUCAAUUUGGUUCUGCUUAGGCAUUUGUAUCUAUUACAAAACUUUACAGAAAUCUGCUUUUAUGAUUGGGAAAACAAUACUGUUUUUGAAGUCCUUUUUUUUUUUAAAUUCUGGAUAAUUUAUAUAGCUCUUUUGUUUUCUCCAGGUCUGGAUCAGUUUUGCACAGUUUGAGUUGACUACUGGCAGUGAUGAUGUAAUAGAGAACUGUAGACUGAUAUAUGAAGAAGCAAAUAAGUCUCUUCGGAACUGUGAGGAGAAGGAGGAAAGGCUGAUGUUGCUUGAGUCAUGGAGGCAUUAUGAAGAAGAUUGUGGGACCGACACCACCAGAGACAGAGUAGCUAAACUUAUGCCAGAGAAAGUCAAGAAAAGAAGAAAGCUUCAAGCAGAGGAUGGGGUAAGAAUAGUUCAUCUCCCCUUUUUUUUUAAAAUUUUUAAUUUUUUUAAAUUCUGAUUUUCAAACCCUUAAAGUUUGGUAUUAUACACUGUAAACCUGACUGACAAUUUUAUUCUGUGAUGGAGGCAGUUCAAUCCCCAACAAUGUAAUGGCUUGAAGGGACACUAUAUAGUAACCAGAACAACUACAACUUAUUGCAUUUGUUCUGGUGAGUAUAAUCAUUCCCUUCAGGCUUUUUCAGAGAAAAUGCAGUUGUUUACAUUACAGCCUUGGGAUACCUCCACUGGCCACUCCUCAGAAGGCUACCUGGGGCAGUGCUGCCAUUCAGUGUCUCCUCCCUCUGCAUGCAAACACUGAACUUUCCUCAUAGAGAUGCAUUGGUUCAAUGCAUCUCUGUGAGAUGCUGAUUGGCCAGGGCUGUGUUUGACUUUUGCUGGCUCUGCACCUGAUCUGCCUCCUUGACCGUCUCAGCCAAUCCUAUGGGGAACGCAUUGUGAUUGGAUCACAGAAUCACUUCUGAUGUAAGCUGUAAGCAGGCAGGUCAAAGGAAGCAUCUGCAGACUUGAAUACAAGUUCGAUUUUUAUUAUAUUUAUGGAGGGCUAGAUGGUGGUUUUAACAUUAUAGGUCCAGGAAUACAUGUUGGUGUUCCUCUUUAAAAGGAAAUGUAAAUGCUUAAAAGUAACAUUUUUAUCAGCCAACCUCCCACAGAGGGGCCUCUACAACUACUAGAACAGGAUAUGCUCAUUGGCCAGUCACACACUAUGCAAGUCCCCAUAUUUGCACUUUUUAUUCAUUUUUAUGAUGUAGCUUAAAGCUUUGAAUUAAAUCAAAAUAAGCAAAGCAGACACUUCCACAAUAUAAGAAGCUGAAAACGCAUGCGUGUGUGUGGUUAUUUCAGCAUUUAACUUUUUUUUAAUACAUAACUUUAUUUUUUUAUUUUUUAUUAUAAAUAUAAUCCGUUGAGGUAGCUUGAAAAAGUGUAAACUAGUGGCUCCCAAAAUUUUUAGGUUCAAGGCACCCUUAAUUCAAUAUUUUCUUAAAAUAAGUUCGUGUGUGUGUGUUCCCUCCCUCGCAGAAAUGCUUGCAGUAACCAGACCCUAAUCUUGGGAGGGGCACUUGUAGAUUAUUUAAAGAAACAAUGCAGGCACCAUAACCACUACAGCACUGUUUGACAACUUACCUGGGAUCUGCGGGAUAGGGGCUGUAGUAGGGGAUAGGGGCUGGUGGGGGACAGUGUGUGGGCGGGCAAUGCUAGGAGCUCGUGAAAGGAGAACCCGGCAGAGCUGCAGUUUAGAGCUCCCCCGGUCCUCUCUCUCCUUCCCCUGCCGGCUAUAGCAUUAGUGCUAGCAGGACGGAGAGAUCUCUGAUCUUCCCUCUGGUCCUGCAGAGCCGGCAGGGGAGAGGGAGACACAGUUCCUGGUGCUUUGAUCAGAUCAUUAUGGCACCGGUAAAAUAUCUUGCGGUGCCCGUCACAGUGCCCUAGCACACAGUUUGGAAACCGCUGGUCUAAACCACUGAAAAGUAGGGCCUAGAUAUCACUGAGACACUGUAGCAGUCAAUUUUGACCUUCAUAGUGAUAUACAGCUUUUAAAAGGAUCUCUCCUGCUAUAUUUUGACCUCAACACAAGGCCUUCUUUUUUCAAAAUGUGUGCAAGGACCAUGGGUUAUAUUAAUGCUUGCAGUGUCCUUUUUACACUAGAUAAAUGUUUGAUAAGCACAGUGUAAAUAUAUUCUAUUCUCUAGGAAGUGCAGCAGUAUCCUCUCUGUGGACAGAUGCGCAUUAAAUGCAUGUGUUCUUUCUAUAGCUGGGAAACUGACAAAACUUGGGCAAGUUUUAGAAAUGGCAUAUUUUCAAAUAUUCACAACCAGUUCACAACCAACAUAGUUAACUAAAAUAAGCAGUACAGUAAUUUUGUAGUCACAAUGUUUUUUGUUUGUGAAAAAACACUUUACAUAAAUGGUUGGAGUGCAUAGCUGCCAGACGUGCUAGCCCACUUCCAGCACCUUCAUUAACCUGGGCUGGCUAAUGAAAUGUAGGCAUUUUGGGCGUCUGUCGUGCGUAGAAUGCUGGUUUUGUAUUUUUUAUUUUUUUAUAAAUACUGCAUUCAGUACAUUUUUAAUCCAAUGUAUAUUUGUAAGCUUGCUGUAUCAUUGGCAUACAAUAUUGACUUUUUUUUUUCUUCUUUCUUUAAGUCCGAUGCUGGUUGGGAGGAAUAUUAUGAUUACAUAUUUCCUGAGGAUGCUGCCAAUCAGCCAAAUCUUAAACUGCUUGCUAUGGCCAAACUCUGGAAGAAACAUCAAAAACCGGAGAACAGCUCGGAGGAGCAGGAUUCUGACAAAGAUAUUGACGAGGGUUCUUCCUGACAUGGAUUGUUUUCUUAUCUGUAAUGUUUUUACUUGUAUAUAAUGCCAUUUUUGUUAUUCUACGAUGCAACAACCCAACUUUUGUGAAAAUAAAGCUUGUUACGAUAACCUACUGUUUUUAAUCAGCAAAGCUUCUGGGCUUGAAUGUGAUGAAGAUUUCUGGUAGGGGUUAACAAAAUAAAGGCUUAAAGAGCAAAGAUUUGAGUGAUGUUCAUAUUUCUAAUG